CAAAUCCAGUUGCCGGCAAGUUUACUUGGUCAAUGAAUGAAAAUUCAGUUGUCGGGAAUAAUUCUUUGGCAAACUGUUGCUCAUAUGAUCAUGAUACGAUGGCUCGUAAUCAUAAUCUGCUGAUCGUUUUGUUUUUGUUAUCCAUUUGGACCAUAGUCGUGAAUUCUGAUCACGAAGACAUAGCCAAAAUCAUCGUGGUCGGUCCUGGUAUACAAAAUGUGCAGCUUGCUUUUCCCAGUCGUUAUUUCUUCAUUCUUCAUCAAAUUCCGAAGCUAGGUUCUGUAGAAAUUCGACCAAAGAAACGGCUGAAUGCUAGUCCUGUUCGUGGUUGCCACAUCUGGCCUCAAGUUUUCAAUCAGACUCGUUUCUGUAUUCGUCUAGCUUUUUCCGAUCUUCGUAAAUCGGUUGCGAGACUUGAAUCGUUAAACGAUGUUUUAGAUAUGGCCAACUAUUGCGAUGACGAGCAACCAUCAAACGGUUCGGAAAAUGAUGAUCAAUCAAUGGCCACAUACUGGAUGACUAUUGUUCGUUACAGCUUUCAUCGAGGACAUUGGCAAUGUGAUCAACCACUCGAAUUAGUGAUACACAGAGAAAAUGAUAGUCAGAUACCUAUCUAUAGAAGAUCUAUUACAAACCCAAAUAAACCAUUCUAUUCGGAACACUGUCCCUGUAUUCGAAAUGAAUGGUCACAACUUUCUCAAUGCGAUGCGAACGCCAAUCAACGGCUACACAAACGAAUCGAUCAGGAUUUAGCUCCGUUCCAAUCUGGCAUCAAUUUCACUGCCAUCUUAGACGAAGCUAUAAAUCGUUUCGGACAGCACCCUCAAGCAUAUGCUUUCUGUCAUUAUCGUAUCAAAAACAAUAAGGCAUACAAACGUUGCUAUGGCCAAUACGAUGGUUUUUCGAAAUUUUUUGAUCGUAUGCUAUUAUCAUUGAUGCGAAAAACUCAAUUAAGUGAUAGUCAAUUGCUUAUGAAUCUGGGCGAUUGGCCUUUAUCUCACAUACAAGACACUCAACCUUUACCCAUUUUUAGUUGGUGUGGUUCUGAAAAAACUAACGACAUCGUAUUACCCACCUAUGAACUAACCGAAUCUGUAUUAAAUGGCCAUGAUCGAGUUGCUACCGAUAUUCAAUCUACAUUUGGCAGUCAAUUUCUUGCUUUUAGUUUCAAACAAAAUCGUCUAUUUUGGCGUGGUCGAGAUUCGAACGAGGCUCGUCUGACAUUGAUUGAUCAAUCAAUGAGUACGCCUAGUCAUUACGAUGUGGCCAUUACAAAUUUCUUUUUCUAUCGCGAUCGAAUGACAAAAUACCGUACCGAUAAUACUACUACUAUACCAUAUGUACCAUUCAAACGAUUCUUUGAUUAUCGUUAUCAAAUUAACUUGGACGGUACGGUUGCUGCAUAUCGGUUUCCAUUCCUUUUGGCAGGCAAUUCUCUUGUGAUCAAGCAGCAAUCCCAAUAUUAUGAACACUUUUAUCAUCUAUUCGAACCAGGUAAACAUUAUGUUUCAGUAGAUGAAUCAUUGGACAAACUACCCAGUCUAUUGCAAAAUCUAAUUGAACAAAAAGAUUUGAAACCAAUCAAACGUAUGAUAUGGGAAGCCAGAAUGGCUGUCAUUCGAUGGCUAAUGCCUUCAACUAUUUAUUGUUACUAUUACAAAGCAUUGGAAUCAUAUAGCCAAUUGUUACUAACUCAGCAGACGCCAUUAGAUGAAUCGAUGCAUCUUAUCACCGAUGACGACGAUCUAAACUAUUAUGGAACAUGUCCUCAAGGCUGUCAACAACGUGAAACAUUUGUGAAAGAUGAACUAUGAUUGAGUUUCCAUUGUCUCUGGCUCAUUGAUUUAAAAAAAACAACUAUUUUCGGCUCUACUAAAUUAACUUUGUAUUCUCACAGUUCAUGUUUUUUUUUGUUUGUUGCGCAUCAAUGCGUUUGUCGGUCGCUUUCUUUUUU